UUUCUUCUCUGUGUGUGUCUGCUGCAGACCUCUGGCUUUGCCCAGGCAGGCAGGCUGCUGGUGGUGCCCAUGGAUGGGAGCCACUGGUUUACCAUGCAGAUGGUUGUGGAGAAACUCAUCCACAGGGGGCAUGAGGUGGUGGUAGUCGUGCCAGAGGUGAGUUGGCAACUGGGAAAAUCCCUGAAUAUUACAAUGAAAACUUACUCCGUUUCUUACACUCUGGAAGAUUUGAACCACCAUUUCAAGUUUUUUGCUCACAAUCAAUGGAAAACUCAAGAAGUAGGAAUGUUUUCUCUGCUAAAGAACUCAGGCAAAGGUUUCUUCGAAAUAUUGUUCUCACACUGUAGGAGUUUGUUUAACGACAAGAAGUUGGUGGAGUACUUGAAGCAGAGUUCUUUUGAUGCUGUGUUUCUGGAUCCUUUCGAUGUGUGUGGCUUAACUGUGGCCAAGUACUUUUCACUCCCGUCCGUGGUCUCCAGCAGGGGAAUAUUUUGUCACUAUCUUGAAGAGGGUGCCCAGUGCCCCAGCCCUCCUUCCUAUGUUCCCAGAAUUCUCUCGAAACUCACAGACACCAUGACUUUCACAGAGAGAGUGUGGAACUUUCUCACUUAUGUGAAGGAGCAUGCAUUUUGUCCCUAUUUUUUCAAAACUGCUACAGAAAUUGCCUCUGAAAUUCUCCAGACCCCAGUGACUAUGAAUGACCUCUUCAGCCAGGUGGCCAUUUGGUUGUUCCACACAGAUUUUGUGUUGAAUUUCCCCAGACCUGUGAUGCCCAACAUGGUCUUUGUUGGUGGGAUCAACUGUCACCAGGGAAGGCCACUUUCCAAGGCAGUUGGAUGA